AUGUCGGAAACAUAUCGGAUCGGCUCCCGCUCCGAGAGCGAGCGCCUCGUUCGAGACUGGGGUUUCCGGCACGUCUUUACUUGGUCGGAUGGGAGUCGUGCUUAUUACUCCCCUCAUACACAUGGAGGUCUCACCACACAUCUUAUCCGUCGAGGAAGUAUGACAGUCACUUAUCCAGAAGACAAUGCCAACAAUGGCGGGCAGAAGAAAGAGACUUUUGGUAUUGGGGCUAGAGUUGAUGUACCGGCAGGCAAGCUUCAUGAGGUUUGGAUUGGGGAUGAUGGAUGCGAAUACGUCAUUGGCGAGUAG